GAAACAAAAAAAAAAGGUUCAAUCGAUUUUCUCAAAAAAAUCUUUGUUAGUUUUUUCUUUGUGAAUUCGUGCGCCGCUGUGCAGAGAAAGGCCAGACCCACCCGUCCGUCGGAUAAACCAAAACUCAUCUCUUUCUCCUCUCUCUCUCUCUCUCCUUUUUGAUUCUUUCCUUUGAAACGCCUUCUAGGGUUUCUCAAAUCUUUGACGCUUUCUUCUCGAAAGAAAAAAACGCUGAGGCAUACACGAAGCAAACAAAGAAGGGUCGAAGAAGAAGAAAGAUACAAACCCAGAAAAUAAAGUUUCGAGCUUUUUGUUUUUGUCCUAAUCAAAGAUUCUGCCUUUCCUCCUAUUGCACAACAUGACAUCUGCAAAGCUCAACACUUUGCCUGAAUCUAACCAAGAUCGCUCCUUUUAGCUCUGUUUCGUUUGCCUCCUCUGUUUUUUUUCCUUCUAGAUGGGUUGUGUUCAAUGCAAAUGUUGUAGCCGAUACCCAUCUUCAUCCUCAGAAGCCGCCUCUUCUCGUGGACAUGGAACCUCCAAGGGUAAAAACGACGCCGUCGUGAUUCAGAAGCCUCUCGGUACAUCAACAAUCCAGGUCCCUUCUCCCAAUUUCGAAAUGGUUUACUCUGUUCUCUCUCAACGAGGGUACUACCCUGACUCGCCUGACAAGGACAACCAAGACACUUACUGCAUCAAAACCGAGCUCCAAGGCAACCCCAACGUUCAUUUCUUCGGCGUCUUCGACGGCCACGGCGUGUUCGGUACGCAGUGCUCUAACUUCGUUAAGGAAAGGGUCGUGGAGCUCUUGUCUGAAGACGCUGCUCUGCUUGAGGAUCCGGAGAAGGCUUACAAGACUGCUUUCUUGAAGGUGAAUGAAGAGUUGCACGGUAGCGAGAUUGAUGAUUCGAUGAGUGGGACCACUGCGAUCACGGUUCUUGUUGUUGGGGACAAGAUUUAUGUUGCUAAUGUUGGGGACUCGAGGGCUGUGUUGGCUGUUAAAGACAGGAACAGGAUCUUAGCUGAGGAUUUGUCUUAUGAUCAAACGCCAUUUAGGACAGAUGAAUGCGAGAGGGUGAAAGGGUGUGGAGCUAGAGUGCUGAGCGUUGAUCAGGUCGAAGGGUUGAAAGAUCCGAGUGUGCAGACAUGGGCUAGUGAAGAGAACGAAGGUGGUGACCCGCCUAGGCUUUGGGUGCAGAACGGGAUGUAUCCGGGAACAGCGUUCACUAGAAGUGUUGGUGAUAGUUUAGCUGAGAGCAUUGGUGUUACCGCAGAGCCUGAAGUGUCGAUGGUUAAGCUUUCGCCGAAUCAUUUGUUCUUUGUUGUUGCGAGUGAUGGGAUCUUCGAGUUUCUUCCAAGCCAAGCUGUUGUUGAUAUGGUGGGGAGAUAUGCUGAUCCGCGAGAUGGAUGUUCAGCAGCUGCAACGGAGUCAUACAAGCUGUGGUUGCAGCAUGAGAAUAGGACAGAUGAUAUCACAAUUAUCAUUGUACAGAUUAAAAACUUGUCUAAUGAAUGAUGAUGAUGAUGAUGGCAUAUGAUUCACAUUCCUAUACUCCUCUUUGUGUUUGUUUCUUCUGUGUUUCAAUGUCAGAGAUUCAUCAUAUAUAGCAAAGCAAAAGUCUGUUGAAAAGGGAUUCUUAUACUGAGUUAAAAGAUGUGUUUAAUGCAACAUUUGCUCCAAACAAAAGUUGCUUUGUUGCAGAGAUGAAGCUAUAGAUACAAUGUAAUGUUGAACCUUUCCUUAGAUUU